UGUCUCCUCAGCUUUUCUUCCUCCUGGUUAACAAGACAUGUGAUUAGCAUUGCUGUCUGCUACUGAGUUUGCCCUGCAGUCAGCCUGGUGUGCCCUUAGAGGAAACGCUGCCUGCAGGCAACUGAGCCAAAAGCAAGUCCAAAGCCAGGGAGCCAGCCAACGCGCAGGCAUCGAGUUCACAAUCAUGCCUGGCAGCACUACAGCCAAGAAGCUCGAUCUUUCCAAGCUCACAGAUGAGGAGGCCCAGCAUGUGUGGGAAGUUGUCCAGAGAGAUUUUGACCUGAGGAAGAAGGAGGAGCACAGGCUUGGGGAUCUAAAGACCAAGCUUGAGAGAGAAGAUACCAAGAAAGAGUUGUUGGGGAACCAGACCAGCCUGACGGAGUCUCACUGCAUUCGCUGUCUGCAGCCUUUUAAAUUCUUGCUCAACAACAAGCGUCAGUGCCUGGACUGCCAGCUCUACGUCUGCAAGUCCUGCAGCCGCUACAACAAGAAGGAGGAUGGAUGGGUGUGUGACGCCUGUCACGUGGCCAGAGUCCUCAAGAUCGGUACUUUGGAGUGGUACCACGAGAACGUCCGUGCACGUUUUAAGCGCUUCGGCAGCGCCAAGGUGAUGCGUUCCCUUUUCAGGAGGUGCGACGGAGAACGCAGCCGAUCCCAGAGUGACUUAGGAGAGCCUCAUGAGUAUGACACACAGAGCAUGCCUGAGGUCCACAAUGCUUAUGAGGAGCACAGUAUGGAUGCAACAGACUCACAACAACACCAGAGGACGAAAAAGGUCAAAAGGAGGUUAACUGUUGAUCCCAUUGAUUUCAAACUGGACUUUGACCAGUCAAGAGGACAGUCAAAUCAGGCUCUGAGCGAUCCUGACAUCAUGGUCAUGGAUGUAGGCGGGAGGGAAUCGGUGCUUGCUGAGGCAGAUAUGGCCACCGUUUUUCACCAGAUUCUGGACGAACAACACAAAGAGCUGGACAUCGAAAUUACGCCACAAGAUGACCUGGUGUACUCAGAGAACCAGACGGUCCCAUCCUGCUCCAUCUCCCAGCUCAGCUACUCCUCAUGCGGCAGCGGCAGCGUCGGAGGCCCCCGAUGCAGCAGCAGCAUCUACCUGCCUGGCCCCGAGGACUCAGAAGAAGAAGAGGAAGAUGACCCCUGCCAGCCGUACCCGCUCUACCAGUCUCAUUCAGGCCUCUGCCGCCAAACGUCUCAGGACAGCCUGAACUCGGCAAACUCUCCACCACAGAUCACCGACAUGAACAGACGGAUGUCAGCCAUUGAGACUCUACUGAACCGCUUAGAGCAGAAGGUCACCUCAACAUAUGACCAGGCUCCUCCGACUCCGAGCAGCACCUCUCCUCUUCCUCAGUGUCAGGAAGUGGACCUGGAAGAGCAGCAGCUCAGGCAGAGGCUGCACGAGAUGACUGACAACAUCAGUGACCACAGCCUGACCUCUGAUGAUGAGGACGAGCCCAAGAGGCCACACUCCCCCCAAGAAAUCCUAGCACGGAGGAGCCCACAGGCAGAUCCUAAACCUUCCAAAAUACCUACCAGACCCACAUCCAGAGCCAGCACCGUGGUCUCCGGGCUCGAGGAGGAGCGGCCUCAGCAGUCUGACUAUCUGAAGACCAACGAUUCCUCGGAAAGCCUGGAGAGGAAGGGUCACCCUCCAGACGAGGGGUCAAAGGCCAGCUUCAGAGGAUCAACAGCAUUACUGGUUGAGCUGGAAGAUAAAGUGGCUCAAGCAGCUGCCGAUGUCCAGAAUGCCCAGAGUGAGGUGUCUGACAUCGAGAGCAGGAUUGCUGCCCUGAACGCUGCCGGCAUGCCCUUAGAUAAAAGAAGAAGGUCUGCGAUCCCGAUCCAAGCCAGAAGACUUUCCCACAACUUUCCCACAAACCAGGUGGACAGGUUUACCAGGAACUCCCUCUACAGGGGCUCACUGACACAGAGGAACCCAGUGGCAAAGCCCAAGACCAGGGCUCCCUGUGCGAAACCAGUGAUGUCCCAGGGCUCCUGAGGAGGCGGCUGACUAUUAUGUGACUGAGUUAUUACUUAUACUUUACACACUGGAACUGAGCUGGAGUGCAUUGAACAGCCAGGUCUUGUGGUAUAACAUGAAAUACUCACAAAAAGUCAUCAGAUGCUUCUUUGUUACAGUCACUGAUCUUUGAAACAAAUGUAUCCAAAACACAGAGCUCAGAAACCAUAUUUUAACCCAAACCAUCAUAUUUUUCUGACCCUAGCCCACUGGUUUCUAUUCCUUUCACCUAACUACUCACUUUUGGAAAUAUGGAUUUUUUUUUUUUCUCUCUCUCCUUUUAAAGCUGGAAAACAUGACUUUGUGUACAUGGCCAUGAAUCUGUCGAUAUGAGAUCUGGCUGAAAGGGGGAAUUCUUGUCCAGUAACAGGAGAAGAUGUGAAAAUUUGUGUUAAAUUUUAUGAGAAUUGUACAAAUGAGACCAUGUUGAUAAAAGUCUCCCAGUGAAAUUGUCCAAUUUGGUCAACAGAAGCAUAACUGCUUAAAAUUAUUUUUAAAAUGUUUGCUUUUGAUAUUGCAGUGAUUUUUACAGUAUGUUAUACAUGAUGUACACUAACAUCUGCCUCUAAGAAUAAAUCUUGUAAUUUGGAUACAUUAGCAUGCAAGUUAAUGCAUGCAAAAGCUUUAUGAACCAAGGUUUAUGAACCAACAUAUGAAAUGAAUACAUUCAAUGAGCUGCAGUUUCAGCGAACAGAACGAAGCCAGUGAAAAAGCAGUGCAAUCACAAACUGUACGUCAGUUUGAAUUAGUUUGACAUUUUCAAAAAAAGACGUAGAUAUAUUUUUAUAGUUUGUAAAAGUUUUAUUGCCACAUUUAUUAGUAAUUAUGGUGUGCUAGCAAGUUUGAUUGACUGUAAAAUUAAACUGAUGUCACAGCAAGAAGAGCAGGUUUGAUGUGAUUUUAAUAUGAACAUUUGUGUAAGUUAAAGAUUAAAAUGCAUGCAGAAUCUAUGGUGCAGGAAACUAUAUUUAAUAGAUUAAUAAAUCAUACACAAUUGUUUUUAACAAAAUUUUGCUAUCACUUUAAAAUCAAUAUUUUUUAUUUUUCUUUAAUCUGAGCAUCUAUAGAAAGGUUAGUUAUAAGUGCGGUUAAAUAUGCAUCUUAUUUGUUUUUGAGGAGUUACAGUGAAUGAAAGCAGUCGAAAUGUUGUGCUGCUGUCAAGUUUAAAGGUCAUUCAAUAUUUUUCCCAUAAACAUUUUCUAAAGCAUAACCGGCUUAAGCAUCUUUGUUGACCAUCAUUUACAGAACAGGAAGUGGCACAACAAGCCCCGCCCCUGGGACCUGCCUCUUCAACACACCUGAGUCAAAUGGCUGAAUCACCUCCUCAGUAUGUAGUCAAGUUCUCCAGAGUCCUGCUAAUGACUUCUAUAUUUGACUCAGGUGUGUUGGAUCAGGGACACAUCUAAAACCCGCAGGACGCUGGACCUCGAGGCCUGGAUUUGAGGAUCCCUGCUAUACAGUUUUGCAACCAGAGGAGUCGCCCCCUGCUGGUCUUUAGAAAGAAGGCGGGUUAAGGAUUGGUUUCACUUUUCAAACCUGGAAGCUACGUCCAUCUAUUAUAUACAGUCUGUACGGAGAAGUUACUAACCUGGACUACCUUAAUGAAAACAUAAAUUAUAAAUACUAUAUUCUGAUAAAGCUAAUUGAUCCCCCCAGCAUUCUACACACUGGCCCUUCAGUUGAAUUUAUCCAAACCUUUGGAUACCACAGUAUUUGCUAUGUGUAGCAGGAAAUGUCAUAGGAGAUGGCAUCGAAUGUGUCGAUGUAAUGGUAAAUUGGGUGUGUGGUCUGUGUAAAUAAAUGCAGAUGCUUUUAUAAAGAGCUGGAAACUAAAUGAUCUGAGGCGGAUGUCAGUGAUAUGAAGCACAGCCUGUGGCAUUUGUAGUCAUAGAACCUUUACCUUAUUUUCUGUGAUGCUCACCAUUUGUACCCACCGCAGAGAGAAACUAUCCACCCCACUGAUACGUAUUUAUUGGACGUGACUUUUUCUGAUUCACCAUAAAGAUUGUUCCAAGCCUGUGUUAAAUUAUCAUUUUAAUUUGAAUUAUUUGUCUCACUGGUCUCAUUAAAUUAUUUGCAAGCUGAA